AUGGACGCAAUUGGAUUUGGUAUAUGUGUGGUGUUGUUGGUGCUUGGUCAUGGGUUAUCUACAUACAUGUUAGUGAGGCUGGUCCCACUAUACAGAGCGUGUGCACAGAGUGUCAUGAUAGGACUUUUAUUUUGUGGUAUUCAAUGGAUGGUGAAGCAAAUCGGAGGGGCAAUCAUAUCCGCUUUACAAAGAAGACGAAGAUCAAGACAAAUGCAAGUUCAUGGGAACAAAUAUGACAAUGAUCGCAUUCGAUUAUCAUUGGUGUCGCUCAUACUCAGAAAUGUCGCAUUUGCGACACUUUGUUCAUUGGUAAAAUAUCCAAUUGUAACAGGAAUGAUUUAUAUUUUCAUGACUCAAGUCUUGUUAACAUGCAAGUAUUCUCCGUUUAACUAUGAGGUUAAAUAUAGUAAAUUCCUUUCAAUUUACUCAAAGUUUCAAGGGUCUACCACCUCAGUGCCAACCGAGCAGCAUCACGUGCAACACAACCUCAAAAGGGCCGUGUCGCUCCCAAUUAUGGGUGCAAAAAAAUCAAGCUUUAGUAGUUGUAGUACCAUACAUGAACUUCCUACCCCGCCACUCUCGGUGUCACCAACCAGCGCGUAUGGGACACAACCUUGGACAUGGUCACACCCACCCACGUCGAUCAAGAUGAAGUCAUCAAGGGUCCAGAAGACCUCCACAUUACAUAAAAAAUUAUCGACAUAUUCGUUACAAUCCUCUUUUGCAAACGACACAUCUCUGACAAGGACCUCUUCAUCAUCAUCAUCAUCAACUUCGUCUUCGUCCGGGGAAACAACUUCCUUACUUUCGACAACCACGACGUUGUACCUGGCGGUUGGCGACUUGGAGGCCAACCAGUCGCCGCCACCUGUAGUUGCCAACUUCAACCAUUUCACGCAGUAUUACCUUGACACAUGCACGGAAUUCCCAAUUGAUCCAUACUUUAUAAAAUUUGGGACCCUCAUGAAGUCGGUAAACAUUGUUUCAUUCUUGUCAUUCUUCUGUGCACGGUAUUUGGAGAAGCUCACCAUUCUCCUUUUGUACAACCAAUGGCGCUACUUGGUGCCCGUUUGCAUGAUACAGAUGGCUUUCAGACUUAAGCCCUGUCUUACAACGAGACUACAAGCAUUGCAUUGUUUCAUUAGUAUUGGCCUAACCAUAGGUGCCAUAUUAUUGAAUAAUUUAUAG